AUACUUUCGUGGAGGAGAGACAAUCCUGCAUGCAAACGCACGUCGUAGCCGUAUCCAGAAACAAUACGGCUGACUGCUCGAAACAAGCUCUAAUAAACCUGCAAAAUGGCCUUAAAUACAAAGUGUGCGUUUAAACGCAUUUUGUUACAUUUGGUUAUUUCAUACAAAGUUCCGGGAACCUUUAGCAUUCCGGAUAACAAACCUUGUCAUAAAACUGAUGAUAUUAAAAGAAGUUGGGAAAAAAAUUUCAAAGGCUUCUGAGUGCGAUCUGUUGGAACACUAUCCCUGGAUUCGAACUUGUACUUGACCUCAAACGGUGUUUGUAAGCUGUGUAUCGUCGCCAACAGAUGGAGGGUAUCGUUGAAGUGUCCGAUGCAGUGCUGAGGAUGCCAUUUUGGUUCCUCGUUGAUCUUAUGCUUUCCUCAAGAAUGAGCGGACUCUACCAAAAGAUGACACAGUACACAAAGUCUAUCAAAUUGUUAUGUCCAGAUUGCACAUUUCAAAUGGACGAGGCGCGCAUGCUCAUUAUUUUCAUAGCCGGCUGUUUCCUGUGCUUUGUGGCUGUCUCCUUCUACAGCGUCGCCGUGCUCUUUCUGUACGCGGCCAUAUUUGGCUUUGGCUUGAUAUGUAUGAACUCACUAAUCUAUUCAUUGAUGUUGCGGACAGCAUUUUCUCCAUGGGAUCGGUUGGCGGUCAGGACGCUAAUGCAGGCUCAUUUGGGAAGCUCCUUUCUAAUAAGUCUCUCUGUGCUAGUCGUCUUGGUGAUCAUGGCAUUCCCCCGAUGGCCAUCUAUGAAACACGGAAUCCUCUUCUUACUGCUCUCUCUGUCGCUUACUUUGCUUUCGCACCUACCUGUGUGGUUUCUUCUGAACACAGCGCAGCUCACCUACGAUUGCCAUGCUCCUCCGAAUAAGUUCGCCUCAUUUCACUGCACCACUCCGGCAUGGUAUGCCUAUGUGGUAGCUCUACUCGGCUCCAAACCUUGCACUUCUGUUUAUCUUUCAUCCGAUUUAUGCCCUUUCAUAGACUUUCGCUAUGCUUUGUCGUCCGGCAAUCGCAUUUGUCCUGCUAUUUCUUCCGUUUCUUGCCCUCAUAACUACUGCGAUCCGAAACUUCGUCAACUUGUCUAUACAAUUUCUUCCUACCUACUACCAAUUUUGAACGUUGUUUUGUAUAGUACUCUCGUUAGAGUAACUUCUAUGUGCAAACGUAUACUAUCUUGUAUUCAUCAAGAGAUUGAAUUGUACCGUAUGGUCGGUCCAUUUGAGUUUAUUAGUUUCCACUGGAACCGCCUAAAUGUCCCACUCACAUUGGCUCUAUUAUGGUGCUUUAAGUGGUGUCUUGUCAUUUCAAUGGGUCCCGACCAAUGGCCUAUUACGCCCGUUUCGCCGAGUGGAAAUUUGUCUAGUUCAAACAUUUCGCUUCUAGAGGAUUACGUUCGGCCAUCUGAUAACGAAUCUACUCUUUCAGUGCUGCUCACUCGGGCUUAUGUGGGUGCGUUGGUUCAUGGUUCAGAGACGUGGUUGGUUGUAUUCGGCGCUGCUGCUUUUUUUGGAGCUGUAGCUGUGUGUGUUGUACGUUUCCUGAUUCUUCUGCUGGAUCCCUCCGGGGAGGAAAUAACUCGUCUUUUCGCUGCCGCAGGCGAUGCUCCGCUGAAUUUACAUGAAUGGAAUGUAAUCGAAGACCCCGUGUUAGCAGUGGAUCACAAUGAUGUCAUCGCCGUUGAAAUGCUAGUCGGCACAGGAUGGAACUGCGCUGUGGUGUUUCUAUUUCUUGCAUUUCAGUAUGAUCUGCCAAGUUUGCCUUUGACUCAGAGAAUAUGUUGCUCGGUGUACGGCCUCAUUGUAAUCGGAAUAACAUGCAUCCAUCCGUUUCAAGCACUUAUCAAAUCGUUUUUACUACGCCUUGGUGUCCCUGGUCGUGGUUCACCUUGGAUUUCCCAUUUGCGUCCUUUAUUUUUCUGUUUUCUCCUCAUGGGUGCUUCUCUGUGUAUCAUAGCUUACGUCCCCGAAGGACUAGCUGAGCGUGUCCACGACCGGCUGGUGAACAACAGUGUUGUUGAAGCCGCUGCUGAUUCGUCCGCCUCGGUUUUGGUCCCACGGUUCGGAUCAUCUGUGGAAUCGUUAAGGGCCCGACAGCUGCGCAUCACAUUAUGUGGCUGCCAGCUUUUGCUUGCACUUACAGUCACUCUGUUGGAGUAUUCUGUAUACCAGUACUCACACCGUCAUCCUGCUUGGCAGGGGCUUCGCUCCAGUCUUUUUUGGAUCAAAUUGAUUAGUUCUGUGCUCGACUACAUGAUCUCACUACUGUCGUUCCUGACCGUCUGUUGGCUUUCCGUCUACGAUUCCAUCGGACUGUGUCGACUGUUCAUCAUUUGCUGUUACUUUUACUUCAUACUCUAUCCGUCUGCUGUUCGCGCGUACACUUGGGUCCGUUGGAGGAUCUUGGCUAGAGAACGCAUGCGCAAUUUGAUCAGCCCCUCUGAAGCAGAACUUGAAGCCAACGGAGAUACUUGCCCCAUAUGCUACACGGAAAUGACACCUGCAUCGUCCAAGUUCACGCGAUGUGGCCACCUGUACCAUAUUGAUUGUUUGACAACUUGGAUGCGACGACAGCUAUUCUGUCCCAUAUGCCAUGCGGAUCUGUUGUCCACAAAGGUAACAGACCGACGCCGCCGGGACGAUACACAUGACACCUGACUUGACCUGAGGACUCACACAUAUGAAUAUAUACAACCAACCGAAGUUGACUGUCCCGUUUAUGUUUACCUUUUCCUUCACAUCUCUCCUAUUCUCCGCAGAUUGGUUUUUCUUCUACUAUUUGGUCUAAUUUAUACAUACCUUACCAAAGCAUUG